AGAUAAAUAAUAAAAAAAAAAUAAUACAAAAAAAUUUACACAUUUCUGUUUUUUCAUUCAUGAAAUUCAAUGUUUUAAAAAUUAAGAAGAAAAAUUCGCAAAAAAUUACAAAUUUGUAAGAAAUGCAGGCACACCAUGCCAUGCCCGACUUCCGCUGUCGCAACAAUUGCCAGCACAAGGAAUGCCAGCGCCAUGCCCCGCUCGGAAUCGUCGAUCAGCAUACGCAAUGCAAGUGUCUGGGGGAGGUGAAUGCCUCGUCCAUAUUCCUGGAGAAUGUGCUGGACUUGGCCAACACGUUGGCUCAGGUCAUGAUGAUAUGUGGAUUGCACGAAUGCAAGGCCAGGUCCACGAUAGACAUCAUCAGCUACGCCUUUCUGCAUUACGAUCAAGUGUGCUAUUGUCUGGACACGACGCCCAAGAAGCGACUGAGGAAGGAGGAUAUAUUCCACGAGCUGGGCAAGAAGUCGCUGAUGAACAAAGUGGAGGCCCAUUUGGCCUAUUCGAUCAUGAAGCGUGGCUUCAAGGCCUUCUACUACGAGCCCAAGCAGGAGCUAACCUACGAUGAGCAGGGACGACCGAGUUACAAUGACGAGUGCGUUUGGGUGCAUGCCGCACGCAAAUCAGCCGAGAGCUUUGCGCGCUUCGACGGUCUCUCCUGCAAUGAACAGAUGGCCGUGGAGGCCAAGGUCAAGAUUGUCUAUAAGAAGUUCUACGAUCGCAUGCAGACCCGUAAGCGUCAACCGGAAGGCGACGACUGCAACUGCUGCUUCUGUGCCAAGAAACGCGGACAUCUGGUGUAUGCCAAGGAGCCGCCACCAUGCAGCACCAAACGCAAGCCCAAGCAUGUCUGCCCCUAUUGCUGCAAGAAGAAGAAGAAGUCCACCUAUGUGCAUCCAGCCCGCCAGCAGGCCAAGUGUCCGAAAUGCCACAAGUCGCGCAAAUUCUGUUGCUGCGCCAAAAUGGACUUCAAUCUGGAGUGGGUCAAGAGCAUCUGGGAUCGUCCGGACUUCAAUCAAUACUAUAAGAAUGAAAUUGAUGCGAUUGAGGAGCGUCUUGUCAAGGGCGCGUGCUGGCUGCCUCCUGAGCCGGUGCUGGAGCACCUUGACGGCGAGGAGGGUGAAGAAGAGGGCGACGACAUGAAUAUGCCACCCGAAACAGAACUGGCCUUGGCCGGCAAGAGGGCGGCUCCCAAGGACAAUGCAGAUGCCGGUUCAUCCAAAAAGGGUUCUCUGGGCUCGCAAGUAGCGUUCGAGGGAGUCACUGCCUCGGCAUAAAUAGCAGCCGCCAUCAGAACAAGCACAAAACUGUCGUAGCUACUUUGCCAGCACACUAAAGAAACUAAAUUGAAAGUAACAACAAAUCAAAAUAAAACAUUUUUAGAGGCUCUACAGGCCUACGAAAGCAAUGUCAAAUUAUUGGCUUAAUAACCACUAAGGUUGGGUUAUAUCGACGAAUAUAAAAAUUCUUUAAAUAAAUAAUAAGCUCUCCACA